GGCGGAGCCGGUGGGGGCCGGGCCAGUGCUGCAGCGGGUUGCAGGGCGGCGCAGAGUCCGGAGGCCGGCGCGCGGAGCGGUCCUCAGCCCCGAUCGCUGCGGCCCAGCCCGCCACCGAGGCGCGCAGGCGGGCGCACGAAGUGGCCGCUCAGGAGGAUCUCUUUACCACCCCCAAGGAACUACUCCAUGCUGAAGCCUUUCAAAGUGACAUCAGAGACUUUGGAAGCACCAUGGAUGGCUUUUGUGAUCAGCAAGUCCCUUUUAUGGUCCCAGGGAAAUCUCGGUCAGAGGACUGUCGAGGGCGACCUGUGAUUGACAGAAAGAGGAAGUUUGUGGACACAGAUCUGGCUCACGAUUCUGAAGAGUUGUUUCAGGAUCUCAGCCAACUUCAAGAAGCUUGGUUAGCUGAAGCUCAAGUUCCCGACGAUGAGCAGUUUGUCCCAGAUUUUCAGUCUGAUAACUGCUCUCUCACUGAAGAAGCUGGACCUCACCAGUUGGCUAGAGCUGGGAUUGAAGUGGUGCUUCACGCCCCACCUCCCACCAAGAUCAAACGGGAGCUGCACAGCCCCUCCUCUGAGUUGUCCUCCUGUAGCCAUGAGCAGGCUCUUGGUGCUAAGUAUGGGGAAAAGUGCCUCUACAACUAUUGUGCCUACGACAGGAAGCCUCCCUCUGGGUUCAAGCCAUUAACCCCGCCCGCCACUCCUUUGUCACCCACCCAUCAGAAUUCCCUAUUUCCCCCACCUCAGGCAACUCUGCCCACCUCAGCUCUUGCCCCUGGAGCCGGCCCAGUUCAAGGGGUGGGUCCUGCCCCAACCCCUCACUCGCUUCCAGAACCUGGAUCACAGCAGCAAACAUUUGCGGUCCCCCGGCCACCACAUCAGCCCCUGCAAAUGCCAAAGAUGAUGCCUGAAAGCCAGUAUCCAUCAGAACAGAGAUUUCAGCGACAGCUGUCUGAGCCCUGCCGCCCCUUCCCUCCUCAGUCAGGAGUUCCUGGAGAUACUCGCCCCAGCUACCAACGGCAGAUGUCAGAGCCCGUUGUCCCCGCAGCCCCACCGCCCCUUCAGGGAUUCAAGCAGGAAUACCACGACCCGCUCUAUGAACAUGGGGUCCCUGGGAUGCCUGGUCCCCCAGCACAUGGGUUCCAGUCACCCAUGGGAAUCAAGCAGGAGCCCCGAGAUUACUGUGCUGACUCAGAAGUGCCUAACUGCCAGUCACCCUACAUGAGAGGCCGGUAUUUCUCCAGCAACCAUGAAGGAUUCACGUAUGAAAAGGACCCCAGGCUAUACUUCGAUGACACUUGCGUGGUGCCGGAAAGGCUGGAAGGCAAAGUCAAGCAGGAGCCCACCAUGUAUCGCGAGGGGCCCCCUUACCAGAGGCGAGGCUCUCUGCAGCUGUGGCAGUUUCUCGUCACCCUUCUGGAUGACCCAGCCAAUGCCCACUUCAUCGCCUGGACUGGCCGAGGCAUGGAGUUCAAGCUCAUAGAACCGGAAGAGGUUGCCCGGCGUUGGGGUAUUCAGAAGAACCGGCCAGCCAUGAACUACGACAAGCUGAGCCGUUCCCUCCGCUAUUACUAUGAGAAAGGCAUCAUGCAGAAGGUGGCCGGGGAACGGUACGUCUACAAGUUUGUCUGUGACCCGGAUGCACUUUUCUCCAUGGCCUUCCCCGACAAUCAGCGCCCGUUCCUGAAGGCAGAGUCAGAUUGCCCCCUCAAUGAGGAGGAUACCCUGCCACUGACUCACUUUGAAGACAGCCCUGCUUACCUACUGGACAUGGAUCGAUGCAGCGGCCUCCCCUACGCCGAAGGCUUCGCUUACUAAGUCUCUCAAUGGCCGAGUAGCCAAACCCUAGAGCUAGCAGUCCUCAUUCAGGCAAACAAGGGCAGUGGUUUUGUUUGUGUUCUUGGCUGUUCCUAAAGCUUGCCCUUUGAAUAUUAUCUGGAGAACCCAAGCUGUCUCUGGAUUUGACACCCUUAAAGACAAACACCUUGGCUAGGGAGUGGGAACAAGGGGAGACAGAAACCCACCACAUGGCUGGUGAUUCUGAAUCCGUUCCUGGGAAGAUGCAGAAGUGGAUCCUCCUUGCCACCGUGGCCAGUCUGUGCAGAGCAGUAUAGCAGCGUGUUCAGGUUAGCGCCCAUGAGAGGGGACCGAGUUAUGACAAUCUACGUUGAUCAUGGACUACUAAAUGCCUUCACCCAGGAGGCUUAGACUUGCACAAUUCUUUGGAAAGAAACUGCACACCCAUAGGGAAGUUGAUAAGGCUGGGUUGGGGAGGCUCAGACCAUUGAGGCUUGAAAUUUGCAAAACUCUUGUAGCUCAUUCUGAAACCGGGGAGGCCAGGAGAGAGAGAGCUGUUACUCACUCCAUGGUUCUCAGACCGCUGCUCCUCUUGGGCCUUCCAGCCCAGAGGUCACCAUAAGUUAAACCGAGUCCCCCUCCUCCCAGUCACACAGCUGAGCGCAGAAGGCUUGUUUAGAGAGAUGAUUAACAUGACAGUAUUUUGUUUCGCUUUGAUUGGGGGGUGGGGAUCAUCUUGCUUUUGGUGAUUGUUUUGGGGAAAAAAACAGUUUAUAUAAACUGAUUUUUGUAGUUUUGGUAUUUAAAGCAAAAAAAAAACAAAAAAACAAAACCUUUUUUGGUAACUGCACUGCAUCCCUUAGGUGGGGUGGUGCCCGCUUCAGAAGACGCUGCAGCCUGAGGGGCUCUGCUGGGGCUUCCCCUUCGCCACUUAGAGGCCUGCUUGGUGCUUUCUGCACCAGACAACCUGUUGAGUCAUUUAACCUGAUUUGUACAUUUGAAGUGUGCAGGGCACCCUGGACACGGCUUAGAGUUCUCUGCGUCUAGUUCUCCAUGCUCGCUAACUCCUUCUCUGGGAAGCAGAUGUACAUACAUACUACAUACAUGUCAUGUCCAUGUACAUACUACAUACAUGUCAUGUCAGUUUAACAGCUGGUCACCUGCUGGGAACCCAGGCAUCUGCCUUGCUUUCCUAUUUCAGUUUUGGACUUUCAGCCCUGCACAGUGGUUCCCUGGGGUCCGAAACUUACCUGUCACUUACAGGUAAAACAGCGCUAGCUAGCAUUUCUGGCUUCCCGCUACGUUGUUUUCUUCUUCUUUUUUUAAUUUUUUAUUCUGAUUGCUGUAUUAUAUUGGGAAUGUUCUAAACAACCAAACUAAAGCUGUAUAAAAAAAAUGGGUUUGGAGUGGCGGGAAAGUCAGCAGGAAGCGCCAGUGCUUCUCUGCCUCACUCCUUGUUGACGGGAGUUCGCUGUCCUUGACACACUCCACUCAUCGUGUUCCUCACGCGAGGGACACAGAGCUGACUGAGCAAGCAUGGGACAUUCUUCGCUGUCCCGAGAGUGAGGCACUCCACAGCCUCAUUACUUGUGGGAAGAAGCUCACAGGAAUGAGGGGUUACGUUUUAGAGCCAUGAGAACCUAAGGUUUUCUUCUCAAAAGCUAGUCAGCCCACAGAGGUGUCAGACCCGAAGCUUGGGCCUUAAUUAGCAUUGUGCUCUGAGGAAAGGACUCUUUCCUAAUCGUAUUUAUAGCUUUCUAAUCUACACACAGUCUAUACAUAGAUGCGUAUUUUACCCCAGCCGGCUAGAGAUUUAUUUGUUGUAAAUGCUGUAUAGAUUUUGGGGGUUCUUUUUUGUUCUUCUCUUUACUUAUACUGGUUUGGGGUUUGUUUUAGUUUUCUUUAAUGAAUUUAUGCUGUUUUCGGGGAGGGGGGUUGAGAAGAAUCCUCUGUAGCCUGAGCUGCCCCUCCCCUGUAGUGAUGGGCGCUGCGCCAUCAAGGGACACCGGACAGUAGCGCCACUUUGCAUUCCCACAGGACUCAUUGUACCUCCCCGGAGAGCCAUCCCUGUCAAGGCGUGGGGGCCUCUUUCAUGCAUUUGCUUCUUUUCCAGAGUGUGGGCAUCUACAGUGCAGAAAGGCUUCAGCCUGCCAGUUGAUUUGAACUACUUCCUGCACAGGGCUGUAUACAUCCUGCCGAGCUGUGUUAUAUUCUGUACUGUGUACAAUAAAGAAGAUCGCUUUCCUUUA